AUGGAUUCUAUCAUAGUUUAUAUUCGUCCUGCUAGUGACACCCGGCAGCAUCGGGCCCUGCGUCGAGCGCCGGACGGUGAUGGAGUGGCCGAGGACCGGACGAACGCCAUCGACCAGCCGCUUGAUAACGCGCUGCAGCUGAAGUACUACGACGUGGUUGCCGUCGACCUCGUCCAGAGCCUCUCGGAGGCUCCGAAUAUGGGCUCGCUGGUGGCGGCCGGGGCUGGCGAGGGUAAGCAGGCGCCACCCGGCGGCGAAGCGAGCGCCGCACCGGCAAUGCCCACCGCCAAAAGUGAGUCGGCAAAGACGCUCGCGGAUCAGGUGGCCGAGGGCAAGUAUGGGCUGAUCCAUCGCGAGCUGUUCCAGCGGCGGCCGCAGCGGCUGGGCGUGCUGAACUACCGGCGCAACGAGGAGGUGCCGCUGGACGACGAGCGCAACUACGGCGGCUUGCGACCGGACGAGAUCUGGCUGGCCGAGGAUCACCUGCUGGUGCUGAAGGGUGGCUCGAUCAGCUUCGGUAGCAACCGAUCGGCGGGUGGUGGAGGGGGGGCAGCCGUCGGCGACUCCGGCCCUUGGCAGCCGAUCGACGACUACCGGGCGCCCGAGCGGCAGGUGCAGAUACCGGCCAAUCCCGCCGUCCCGCCUCCCUUUCCUGUGCAGCUCCGCGAGGACGGACCGAUUGAGUUUAUCCGAGGUGAUCAGGUGCCGGCAUUUAAUCCAUUUACUAACGAAUCGGCGUUCCUCUUCACCAACAAAGCGUUCCCGGUCAUUCGGCCGGAGGAUCUCGGCGGGCAAAAUAUACUUGCCCGGCCAGCGGCGCACAAUGCUACUGGCCAGCACCACAACGGGCUCCAGUAUCCGCCCCCGGUCAACCCGCCGCCCCUCAGCGACAACCGCACGUACUCGAACCCGUUUCUGAAGCUCCCGCCGCCCGGACCGCCGCUCGGGCCCCCGCUCGGCCGGCCCCCGCUCGGCUCGCUGGACGACGUGCCGGACAACCGGACCGGCGGCGCGAUCCCCCCCUUCAAUGGGCCGCCCCCCGAUGAGGACGACCCUUCGCUCUACUACCCGCCGCCGUACACGUUCGAGUACCGGGGCAACUACACCAACCCGGUGCCGCCGGGGCCGCUCGUGCCCGGCAUUAUUCUACCGCCGCCACCGAACUUCUUCAUACUGAAGCCCGCCAACGCUAGCGAGCCCAAGCGUGGCAACGCGACCGCCAUGAAACCCACCAAAGCAGCCGGCCAUCAGCAGCAGCAGCAGCAGCAGCACCGGCCUACGACAUCCAAGGCUACCACAACUACCACCACAAUAUCGCCCCCGCCGCCGCCGCCGCAGAGUUACCCGACGAGCGUGAAGAGUGCCGCCAAACCGAUAGCGCCGUCGAGGGUUGAGAUUCAGAAGGCUGUGCUGAAGACGUUCGUUCCCGUCCUCGAGGUGUACGGUGGGCCGGCGAAGGGAGGAGGUCUAGCUACUACCACCACACCGAGCGUCAUCCUCAACACCAGCGGCAAGCGGCAGCGAGUGAAACCCACGGUUGGUUCCUCGAUCGGUCCGAGUACGCACCCGACGGCGACACCAGUGCUAACACCGUCGACCAAGCUGCACAAGAUUCCGGCCGAGGCAGCGGCACGACCCGCCAAACCAUCCGCACCGCCCAGCGCCUCGCAGCCCAUCUACGCCGAGUACUUCAAUAUCAAGACGUCCACCGUCGGACCGCCGGCCGUGUGGAGCAGUGGCGAUGCGCUGUCUCCGCCCUUGCAGCAGUCGCAACCUCAGCUACCACGCACCUACCUACCGGUGGCCGUCGUUGGGAAGGGCGGACGUACGGACGCGGUCGCUCAAGGGCCGCCCGCGCGUCAUCACAACCCCGAGUUCCUCUCAACGACGUACGGUUACAGUCCGAUCGAACAGUUCCACCGCGAGGUGCAGACCAUUCGCCAGACGCUGCAGCUCUACGAGAAGGCGAACAAACUUGCGAAGCCGGGACGAACAUCGAAGGCACAGCAGGCGCCGGUUCCGCCCGCACCAGUGCAGUACCACGAACCAUCGGCGCCAACGCUCGCGGCGAACCUCUCGCUCACAUUCGGUGGCAACGACGUCUACCGUACGCUGUUCCCGGAGGAGGUUGCUCCGCCCGCUGGUGGUGGUUACAAGGGCUACGGCAACGUUCACACACAGCCGUCCUUCACGUCCAAUCCCUACGAGCCGACGUAUGUCUACCGGCAGCCAAGUGGUAGUGUGCACGAGCUCCCACAGAGCUACUACGUCACCACCGGCGAUGGAGUCCCAUUCCAGGCGUCCUUCGGUAGGCACCCGUACGGUCAACAGACGCCGUACGCACAUCAAGACAUACCUGUGCAACAUCAGCAACAGCAGCAGCAGCAGCACCAACAACAACAGCAGCACUUCCACCAUCAGCAGCAGCAUCACCAGCAGCAACAGCAACAGCAUCAAGCUUACUAUCAGCCACAAGCGCAACCACUUCCGAAGUACUCCAGCCUACCGCCGCACCAGGCGGAACUAUCCUACAUUGCGCCGAUCAUUCUCAACAACGGUGCCAGUGGCUACAACCGCCGCCCAGACUUUGACGGUAUCAGUACGACGACCUCGGCCGGUGCCACCAGCACAAGCACCACCACCACCAAAUCCUACCUCAUACUGGACCACCGGCAUGUGCAGGGUACGCCGACGCACCGUCUGCGUCCGGACCGGCAACGCCCCCAGGCGCUUGCCGAGCUUCCCUACUUCUACCGCAGCUCGGCGCUCGGCUACGAGAGCGGGGAUGGGCCGGGUGGUGGCGGAACCAGCGAGCAGCCAGUGCCGGGACAACGCAACCGGUACCUCGACAGCGACAUUCUCGUCAACUACAAGCAUCCCCUGCCGGUGCUGAACCCAGACAGCGAGUUCCUGCCCUACCACCACCGACUGAAGGUCCGCAAGCGUCAGAACGUGCGCGGUGCCGGCGAGCACAAGCCGCGCCAAUACUACGGCCAGCCGCUCUACAACCACCGGUAGGUAGGGCAGCUGGCACCACCCCUAGGGGUUUUUUCGUUUCGAGGCAGGUUCGCGAAUAGAUUGCAAACGGAUCGUAAGCAGCUGUGUAUAUAGGAUAGUGUGGUUUUCGUUUCGGAUAGACAUUUAGGAAGGCUUAGGAUUGGGAAGGAUACUAAAUGGAAGGGCGUCAGCAAAAUACGCUGUAGGCAGCAGCAGGAGCAAUGCCUGUUAGUGUAAGGGAAAUACUCAUCCGCAGUUAUGUUUGGUUACGUUAUAUUGGACGCUUUUCUGGAUCGGGAGACAGGGUUCGGCUGGCGUGCGGUGUGCUAGUCUAUAGCGGUGGGUUCGAGAGCGGUUUCGGUGCCCGCCAUAGGCUUAUAACAAAACGGCUACAGAUAACUGAGCAAAACCUGCCACCGAAGAGAGACGUUGCGAUACGUUAUGCGCGCGGCGCAGUCAUCCACUAUAUAGUGCGCGCAUCCAGUGUUGGGCCGGAAUGAUGCUAGAGUGUUUAUAUUCUAUUUUCGAUUGCCAUUAUGUAGACAACAACAGCAAAACGACAAAAAAAAACAAACACAACACCUGUGUACUGUACUUUCCGCUUUAUUGCUUGAUGAAUACAAAACUAUGCAUC